CGGGGCGCGCCGGGAGUUGUAGUCCGGCCCCACACGCGGCGCCGGCAGCGGGAGCGGCACCGGGCGCGGGACCGGCGGCGGUGCGGGCAUGGCGGGGCUGGAGCUGCUGUCGGACGCCGGGUUCCGGGCGGACGGGCGCCGGCCGGACGAGCUGCGCAAGGUGCGGGCCCGGCUCGGGGUGCUGGCGCGGGCCGACGGCUCGGCCUACCUGGAGCAGGGCAACACCAAGGUGCUGGCGGCCGUGUACGGCCCGCACGAGGUUCGGGGGUCCCGGGCCAAGGCCCCCCCGGACCGGGCCCUGCUCAGCUGCCGCUGCAGCUCGGCCCCGUUCGCGGGGGGGGGCGAGCGGCGCCGCCGGCCCCCCCAGGGCGGGGGCGACCGCCGGUCGGGCGAGCGAGCCCUGCUGCUGCGGGGUGUGCUGGAGGGAGCCGUGCUCAGCCAGCUCUACCCCCGCUCCCAGAUCGACGUGCACGUCCAGGUGCUGCAGGCGGACGGGGGCGAGCUGGGGGCCAGCGUGAGCGCGGCCGGGCUGGCCCUGCUGGACGCGGGCGUGGCCCUGCGCGGGGCCGUGGUGGCCGGCUCCGCCGGGCUGGCCGAGCCCCCGGCCGGGCCCCCGGUGGCCCUGAGCGACCUGAGCGCGGCCGAGGAGGCGGCCGGGGGCCCGCGGCUGGUGGUGGCCACGGUGGCGGGCAGCGGGCGGCUGGCCCUGUGCCAGCUGAGCGCCCGGCUGCACCAGGAGCGGCUGCGGCCGGUGCUGGACGCGGCCCAGGCCGCCUGCCGGGGGCUGCACGCCGUGCUGGACGGCGUGGUGAGGGCCAGGCUGCGCCAGGACACGGCCAUGGAGCAGUGACUGACCACAGGGACCACCCCAGGACACGGCCAUGGAGCAGUGACCACUGCAGGGACACGGCCAUGGAGCAGUGACUGACCCCAGGACACGGCCAUGGAGCAGUGACCAUCAGAGUGACCGCCCCGGGACACGGCCAUGGAGCAGUGACCAUCAGAGUGACCACCCCAGGACACGGCCAUAGAGCAGUGACCAUCAGAGUGACCGCCCCGGGACACGGCCAUGGAGCAGUGACCACUGCAGGGACACGGCCAUGGAGCAGUGACCAUCAGAGUGACCACCCCAGGACACGGCCAUGGAGCAGUGACCAUCAGAGUGACCACCCCAGGACACGGCCAUGGAGCAGUGACCAUCAGAGUGACCGCCCCAGGACACGGCCAUGGAGCAGUGACCAUCAGAGUGACCGCCCCAGGACACGGCCAUGGAGCAGUGACCAUCAGAGUGACCGCCCCGGGACACGGCCAUGGAGCAGUGACUGACCCCAGGACACGGCCAUGGAGCAGUGACCAUCAGAGUGACCGCCCCGGGACACGGCCAUGGAGCAGUGACUGACCCCAGGACACGGCCAUGGAGCAGUGACCAUCAGAGUGACCGCCCCGGGACACGGCCAUGGAGCAGUGACUGACCACAGGGACCACCCCAGGACACGGCCACGGAGCAGUGACCAUCAGAGUGACCACCCCAGGACACGGCCAUGGAGCAGUGACCAUCAGAGUGACCGCCCCAGGACACGGCCAUGGAGCAGUGACCAUCAGAGUGACCGCCCCAGGACACGGCCAUGGAGCAGUGACCAUCAGAGUGACCGCCCCGGGACACAGCCAUGGAGCAGUGACUGACCACAGGGACCACCCCAGGACACGGCCACGGAGCAGUGACCAUCAGAGUGACCACCCCAGGACACGGCCAUGGAGCAGUGACCAUCAGAGUGACCACCCCAGGACACGGCCAUGGAGCAGUGACCAGAGUGACCACCAUGGGGACACCAGGACACCACUGUAGAGCAGUGACCACUGCAGGGACAUGGCCAUGGCACAGUGACCAUAGUGACCACCGUGGGAACACCAGGACACUGCUGUGGGGCAGUGACUGACCAUAGUGACCACCAUGGGGACGUGGCCGUGGCACAGUGACCACAGGGUCACCGUGGGGACGCUUUGGUGACCAACUGACCCCUGGGAGCUGCAGCAUGACAUCACUGCAGUGACCAGGCCUGGGGACACUGGAGUGACCCUGCACUGACCAGUCCUGGGGACACUGCAGCUGUGACCCUGCAGUGACCAGGCCUGGGGACACUGGAGUGACCAGUCCUGGGGACAAUGGGGACACUGGAGUGACCCUGCAGUGACCAGUCCUGGGGACCCUGGGGCUGUGACCCUGCACUGACCAGUCCUGGGGUCACUGGAGUGACCAGUCCUGGGGUCACUGGGGCUGUGACCCUGCACUGACCAGUCCUGGGGUCACUGGGGACACUGCAGCUGUGACCCUGCACUGACCAGUCCUGGGGUCACUGAGGCUGUGACCCUGCACUGACCAGUCCUGGGGACACUGGAGUGACCCUGCAGUGACCAGUCCUGGGGACACUGGAGUGACCAGUCCUGGGGACACUGGAGUGACCCUGCACUGACCAGUCCUGGGGUCACUGGAAUGACCAGUCCUGGGGACACUGGAGCUGUGACCCUGCAGUGACCAGUCCUGGGGUCACUGGAGUGACCAGGCCUGGGGACCCUGGGGGUGUGACCCUGCAGUGACCAGUCCUGGGGACACUGGGGACACUGCAGCUGUGACCCUGCACUGACCAGUCCUGGGGUCACUGAGGCUGUGACCCUGCACUGACCAGUCCUGGGGACACUGGAGUGACCCUGCAGUGACCAGUCCUGGGGACACUGGAGUGACCAGUCCUGGGGACAAUGGGGACACUGGAGUGACCCUGCACUGACCAGUCCUGGGGUCACUGGAGUGACCAGUCCUGGGGACACUGGAGUGACCCUGCACUGACCAGUCCUGGGGACACUGGAGUGACCCUGCACUGACCAGUCCUGGGGUCACUGCACUGACCAGUCCUGGGGACACUGAGGCUGUGACCCUGCGGGUUUUGGGGGCCCCCACGGCGCCAUGGCAAUAAAGUGGGCUGUGUCACCGCA